AUGUACAGGUGGAAUCAAAUUUUGAUCGCCUGUCAUAAAUCCUUCUUCAUUGUUUUUGGAUUGUUUGGGAAUAUCCAUUUAAUUUAUAUUAUUCUUUCAACUCCAACUUUCCGAACAAAGUCAUCACUUCUUCAGUGUAUUCAAAGCUUAGCGCAUGUGUUUUGUAUUAUGAGUAGCUUCCUAGAUGUCUACCUAAUGAUAACAGACACUGGAAUUCUUCGAGAGACAUGCUUCCAUACAAUUUUUCCAGUAGUAUUCAGCUAUUGCAUUCAGUCUACAAUAAUGGUUUUUAUUCUGUCGGAUAUUCUGAUCAUUGUUUCAUUUCCUCUGAUUCAUAGGAAUUUUCCAACUUGGAAAUAUGUUACAGCAAUGACACUGGGACCAAUAGCAUGGGGUACAUUUAUAGUAAUAUGGGGUUUUCAAGACGAAAAUUAUGAGAUUUUACGGUUAUGUAGUUCCUAUACAGCUCUACAACGUCCGGUUAGAAGAGUAUUAGCAGCUGUCACUGUUGCCUCAAAUAGCAUCAGUCUCAUAAUCUUUCUGAUUCUAAUCAUUGUGUUUUGGAAGAAGGAAUCCCCGGGUAACAUAUGGAGAGCUUCCUGUGUCAGGCAAAUCCAGUAUGGAGAGUUACAAAAUCAUGCGUCAUUUGAAAGUGUCUGCAGCCAUUUUCAUCUUUUCAAACUACUUCAGCUCAGUUUCUAUAAAUACAUUCAUAACCUUAGGUUAUUCUGGAGAAGAUCUGAGCAGUAUAGUUGGGAAUAUUUCUAUAUCAUCAAUGUUUUCCUUUUCGCACACAUUUUAUACAAUUAUCUGGCGAUCAAAGGAGUAUCGAAAACGAUUUAUUGGAUUAUACUGCAAGUCGGUCAGCACUCAUAA